AUGGCCACCGAGUCCUUCGUCAUCAAGGUGCCCUGCUCCUCCGCCAACAUCGGCCCGGGCUUCGACGUGAUCGGCCUCGCCCUGUCUAUGUACCUCGAGCUGCACGUCUCCAUCGACCGGUCCAAGUCCAGCUCGGAGCACCCUCUCAACUGCAGGCUGAGCUACGAGGGCGAGGGCGCCGACGAGAUCAGCCUUGACCCGGACGCGAACCUGCUCACCAGGGUGGCGCUGUAUGUUCUCCGGUGCCACGACCAGCGCAGCUUCCCCGUCGAGACGCAUGUUCACAUUGUGAACCCCAUCCCUCUGGGCCGGGGCCUGGGGUCGUCUGGUGCGGCCGUCGUGGCGGGCGUCUUGCUGGGCAAGGAGUGUGGUGGGCUGAAGCAGCUGGACAACGACCGCCUGUUCGACUACUGUCUGAUGAUUGAACGCCACCCUGACAAUGUCGGCGCGGCACUAUACGGUGGCUUCGUGGGGACGUACCUGAAGCCCCUCGCGCCAGAGGAUGUAGCUCGUAUCGAGAUCCCCUUGGCCGAGGUCCUUCCUGCGCCGGCGGGCGGCGUCGACACUGGUGCGAGACCGCCUGACCCGCCGAGGGGGAUCGGACAUCAUAUCAAGUUCCCAUGGAGCAAGGAGAUCAAGGCUGUGGCUAUCAUUCCUGAUUUUGAGGUUGCUACGGCCAAGGCAAGAGCUGUGCUGCCUGAGCAGUACCCCCGUCCUGAUGUGACAUUCAAUCUCCAGCGCAUAGCUCUCCUCCCCGUGGCAUUGGGCCAGUCGCCGCCCGAUCCAGACCUCAUCUACUUGGCGAUGCAGGACAAGCUGCACCAGCCGUACCGGCAGACGCUGAUUCCUGGACUCACGGAGAUUGUUGAGUCCAUGACGCCCAGCACGCAGCCGGGUUUGCUAGGCGUGUGCCUCUCCGGAGCGGGGCCGACAAUCCUGGCGCUGGCGACGAGCCAUUUUGAGGAGGUUGCGGAGAGCAUAAUAUCGCGGUUCAGCAAGCAGGGCAUCAAGUGCAGCUGGAAGCUACUGGAGCCAGCAGAGGGCAGCCAUGUGGUGAGGCAGUAG